AAGUCACAAUAAAUAUUUUCUGAAUAAAACCAUUCCAGAAUGUAAAGAUUGACAUAAUUAAAAUGAGGUAAUUGCUUAAUAAAGUGAACUUUGAUAUACUGACAGUAAGGGACAGAUAAUGGCGAUAAUGGAAUAUCUAACAGGUUUGGACUUGAGGUACCUAUAGAACCUCCAGAUUCCAAAGGUAACUUAGAAUAUAUAUUGUGCUUUGGCAAAAUACUUGGAUGAGAAGAUUUGGGAGUAUAAAGCCAUGAGAUUAGAGAGCAAAUUGAGGGGGGAAAAAAGGCCAAAGAUGGAACCCUAGAAAGUAUGAAGAUCUAAGAUUAGGAAAAAGAGUUAGUGAAGGAGAUUAAAAUGGAACUGUUUUUUCUUAAUUGGUCUUCUGUUAAUUAACACUGGUUGUUUCUAGUUUUUGUUACUAACAUGCACAUUUUUUUCCUAUCUAUCUGGUUAUUAGAAUUCAUUGGAGAAGUAGAAUUGCUGGAUCACCAUGAGCAGGCAUGUUCAAGUGUUGUAGGAAGAGGAGCCUUUGGAGUAGUUUGCAAAGCUAAAUGGAGAGCAAAAGAUGUUGCUAUUAAACAAAUAGAAAGUGAAUCCGAGAGGAAAGCUUUUAUUGUAGAGCUUCGGCAGUUGUCCCGUGUGAACCAUCCUAAUAUUGUAAAAUUGUAUGGCGCCUGCUUGAAUCCAGUGUGUCUUGUGAUGGAAUAUGCUGAAGGGGGCUCUUUAUAUAAUGUGCUGCAUGGUGCUGAACCAUUGCCAUAUUACACUGCUGCCCAUGCAAUGAGUUGGUGUUUACAGUGUUCCCAAGGAGUGGCUUAUCUACACAGCAUGCAGCCCAAAGCUCUAAUUCAUAGGGAUCUGAAACCACCAAACUUGCUGCUGGUUGCAGGUGGGACAGUUCUAAAAAUCUGUGAUUUUGGUACAGCCUGUGACAUUCAGACACACAUGACCAAUAACAAAGGGAGUGCUGCCUGGAUGGCACCUGAAGUUUUUGAAGGUAGCAAUUACAGUGAAAAAUGUGAUGUCUUCAGCUGGGGUAUUAUCCUUUGGGAAGUGAUAACACGUCGGAAACCCUUUGAUGAGAUUGGUGGCCCAGCUUUCCGAAUCAUGUGGGCUGUUCAUAAUGGUACUCGACCACCUCUGAUCAAGAAUUUACCCAAGCCCAUUGAGAGCCUGAUGACACGGUGUUGGUCUAAAGACCCUUCUCAGCGUCCUUCAAUGGAGGAAAUUGUGAAAAUAAUGACUCACUUGAUGCAGUACUUUCCAGGAGCAGAUGAGCCAUUACAGUAUCCUUGUCAGUAUUCUGAUGAAGGUCAGAGUAACUCAGCCACCAGUACAGGCUCAUUCAUGGACAUUGCUUCUACAAAUACCAGUAAUAAAAGUGACACUAAUAUGGAGCAAGUUCCUGCUACAAAUGACACUAUAAAACGCUUAGAAUCAAAACUGUUGAAAAAUCAGGCAAAGCAACAGAGUGAAUCUGGACGUUUAAGUUUGGGAGCCUCUCGUGGGAGCAGCGUGGAGAGCUUGCCCCCAACUUCUGAGGGCAAGAGGAUGAGUGCUGACAUGUCUGAAAUAGAAGCUAGGAUCGCUGCGACCACAGCCUAUUCCAAGCCUAAACGGGGCCACCGUAAAACCGCUUCAUUUGGCAACAUUCUGGAUGUCCCUGAGAUCGUCAUAUCAGGAAACGGACAGCCAAGACGUAGAUCCAUACAAGACUUGACUGUUACUGGAACAGAACCUGGUCAGGUGAGCAGUAGGUCAUCCAGUCCUAGUGUCAGAAUGAUCACUACCUCAGGACCAACGUCAGAAAAGCCAACUCGAAGUCAUCCAUGGACUCCUGAUGAUUCCACAGAUACCAAUGGGUCAGAUAACUCCAUCCCAAUGGCUUACCUUACACUGGAUCACCAACUGCAGCCUCUUGCACCGUGCCCUAACUCCAAAGAAUCCAUGGCAGUGUUUGAACAGCAUUGUAAAAUGGCACAAGAAUAUAUGAAAGUUCAAACAGAAAUUGCAUUGUUGUUACAGAGAAAGCAAGAACUCGUUGCAGAAUUGGACCAGGAUGAAAAGGACCAGCAAAAUACAUCUCGUCUGGUACAGGAACAUAAAAAGCUUUUAGAUGAAAACAAAAGCCUUUCUACUUACUACCAGCAAUGCAAAAAACAACUAGAGGUCAUCAGAAGUCAACAGCAAAAACGACAAGGCACUUCAUGAUUCUCUUGGACCAUUAAAUUUUAAAAUAUGCAAAGAAAGAUUUUUUUUAAAAAAGAAAAGCCCUUAAGACAAUUCAGGAGUGUUAGCUUUUUGGCGUGUUCUGAAUGUCAGCUGCCUACGUUUGCUGCACUUGUUACACCGUACAUUUCCUUCUCGUGGUGGAUAUGCAGUUCCACUACCUCAUUGCAUAACAUGAUGGCAUCUAUGACCUGGAUAAGCAGCAGUUCUCAACUCCAAAAACAGAUGCAGUGAACUGUGGCUGUAUAUGCAUGCUCAUUGUGUGAAAGCUAGCCUAACAGGACGUGGGGUAGCAAACUAGCUGCUAUCUGCAAACAUCGUGCUUUUCUCCAUAUUAGAGGUGGAACCUCAAGAAUGAUUUUGUUCUUCUAUCUCAUCUCAAAAAACUAAUAGUUGUUUUUUCCAAAAAAAUGGUAUUCACCAAGUCAGACAGGGUAUUAUAAAUCUAGAAUAAUUGGUGGUCCAUUACAGAAAUAUAGAACUUUAGGGUUAGUUCAAAGUAAGGGCUUUGAUGCCAGCACAUCCUUGUAUCAGUACUGAACUUUGUUCCAUCUGUAAAAUAUUUGAAGGUAAGUGGCUGCUGCUGUAUUUAACGAAAGCAAUUUUGCCAGUUUUCAUUAGACUAAACAUUGUCUGUGAUACAUUGAGCAAAAUGGGGCUCUUUUUUUAACAUGUAAAAUUUUUAAUUUUGUGUGUGUGUUGAAACUAUAAAGUUUUUACAACUCCAGUGUUAAUAUCUUGAAUGAAAUUAGAAGACACAAAAACAUGAUCUCGCUUAAAUGACUCUAAUGAUUACUGGAUUGUUUUACAAUACAUGUAAAAAAACUGAAGAGAAAUAACAGAAAACAGAAAUAGUUGCUCCAGCUAAAAGGCUUGGAUUUAGAUUUCUUUUUAUGAUACCAAAUGAUGAUAAACAAAGCAAAUCUGGAGAAGUUAGUAAGGAAGUUUAGAAAAAGUAAAAGUAAAUUCAUCAAGUAUCCUACUAUGUACUCUAGAUAUUAGAGUAAUAGAUUUUUGUUACUAUUGUUGCAAGCCCGUUUUGGAAUGCCUGUUGCCU